AUGAAAUCAAUUUGCAUUGUACUUCUCGCAUUGUCCGUUCAAUUUACAAUGACUUCCUCAAAAUUAGUCGAGUUUACAUGCAAUGUUCCACGCAAUUCAACAAUCAGACAAAUCAUUUGUCCAUCACAAAAUCCACGACGUGAAAAUGUUCAACAUCCAAUAAUGUCAAUCAGAAAUAUACGUCAAUCAAACUUAAAUCACAUGGAACUUGCUGACUUUAACAACUACGACUUUUCGGAAUAUUUACCAUCAAGGAUUGGAGCCACACUGCCUCGUAUGAAGCACUUCUUAUUUCGAAAAUCUUCAAUUAAGUUUCUACGUCGACGAGAUUUUAUGGAUAUGAGGCAGCUUCAAAAGCUUAAUUUGAGCUUUAAUAAAAUUGGAAAAAUCAGCCAUGAAAUUUUCUAUGACUUGCCGCAUUUGGAACUUUUGGAUAUAAGAUAUAAUGAAAUUUACAACUUACCAUCUGAUUUACUGAGCAAUGCACCAAGGCUGAAGAUUUUCAUCGCUGAAGGAAACUUACUUGAGGAAGUCUCACACAAAUUAUUCAGGAACAACAAGCAAAUUGAGGAAAUUCACCUUGGACAUAAUGAAAUUUUAAACAUUGACGUCAGAUUUACAGCACUAAAGAAUUUAAGGAUUGUUGAUUUAAGACAAAAUGUCGGUGAAUGUGACAUAAUGCUGAAAAUAUUCAGAAUGGUCCGAGAAAGCCUUAAAACCUCGAAAAGAAAAAGAUUCCAAUUAAAAGUUCGGGAAAGCUGUGCAUAUGUAGAUGAUAAUUAA